GAGAGACACAGAGAGAGAGAGAGAGAGAGAGAGAGAUAGGGGAGGGAGAGAAAGAGAGAGACACAGAGAGAGAGAGGGAGAGAGAGAGGGAGAGAGAGAGAGAGAGACAGAGGGAGAGAGAGGGAGACACACACAGAGGAAGAGAGCGAGAGAGACAGAGAGAGAGAGAGAGGGAGGGAGAGAGAGGGAGACACAUACACACAGAGGAAGAGAGACGGAGAGAGAGAGAGAGAGAGAGAGAGAGACCGCGGGUUGAAUGAGCGAAGCUGUGGAGCUUCAAUUCCGCAACACUGUCAGGAUCUUCAGCGCUUGACGUUACCUUUCUACCGACAAACGCCUGAAUUGCUCCAGUCUAAUAGCUGAUAGAGGGGAAAAGUGUAGCGCGAGCGCUCACUUCAUACCGAUUUCUCUUCCGUCUUUUUUAGGGUGACGCCGAAUGCGCGUGAAAUCCUAACGCAGGAAAAAAAAAUUCUUGUCGCCGCACGCGCUUUAAUAUUAUUAUUAUUAUUUAAUUUUUUUUCCCACUGAGGAUCGUAUUUACAGCUGAAAAUCCUAAGGCAAAAAAACAAAAACCAAAAAAGCAUUGCGCAUUCGCGCAGACGGACGAGCAGCGCGUUGGAGCAGCGCCUGAAUGAGCUGCAACUUUGCUCGGUGAAAAAGGGGCGUUCCGGGCUCGUGCGCUGCGAUCAAGGCGGACGCUCGCGCACAGAAGCUCGCGGUGGUCCCGCCGCAGAAAAAAAAAAAAACAAAAAAAAAAAAACGCGCUUCUCAUCAGCUGCAGCUUUGCGCCACACAACUUCAGGAUCUCUGGUUCGCUUUCGUGUCAUAUCAGCCUAAAUGCUCCAGGCAGUUGGCGCCAGUCCCCGUCGGGAUCGCAAGAAAAUCGACGCGCGAGACAGAUGUGACCGGCGUGGAAAUGGAUCUCGUGUUGGUUUUGAGGUUUUGCUCCGCGACAGACUGUUUUCAGGUUGUUUCUGAGAUGCGUUCCGAGUGACCCCCGAAAUUACGCAUUGCGCGUCAGCUCAAUUCACGGUGUCUAAAAAAAUGGCAAACCAAAGUCCCUAUGACAAUCGGGAUAUCGUAGAGAAGUAUCUGUAUCACAAACUUUUGAAGCGAGGCUACGUGUGGGAGUUCCGCGCCGGAGCAGAGGAAGACGACGGAUCGAGGGAGCCGCCGGCGGAAGUUGUGGAUCGCAGGCCGCGCGCCGUCUUGCCGCUGCACCGCGUUCUGCGCGAGGCCGGCGAUGAGAUCGAGCGGACGUACCAGCGCGACUUCGCGGCCAUGUCGGACCAGCUGCACUUCACCCCGAGCACUGCGCAGCGCCGCUUCACCGCCGUCAUCGAGGAGCUGUUCCGGGACGGCGUCAACUGGGGACGCAUCGUGGUCUUCUUCGAGUUCGGGAGCACCCUUUGCGUGGAGAGCGUGAACCAGGAGAUGGCGUCCCAGGUGGACAACAUAGCAAGUUGGAUGACGGAUUACCUGAACGGGCCAUUGCAGAACUGGAUUCGGGACAAUGGAGGCUGGGAUGCCUUUGUGGAGCUCUACAGUCAUCAGAGAGCAUCCUUGUUCCACCCCUGGCCCUAUUUAAAGACAGUCUUUGGCCUGGCAGCACUGGGAGCAGCAGGAGUCACUAUUGGCGCGCUUUUUUCUCAGAAGUGAUCAUCUGGAUCAUCAACACCUGUCCUUCUUUUUCUGUCUGUCCUCUGGCUUAUGAAGGCACUUGGUUUAACAGCGUAGCACUGCCCUGGUGUUCCGUCCAUGUUAUGGAGCUGUCCUUGAAACUGGAGUGGGAGAAAUGCAAUGAUAAAAAAACAAAACAAAACAAAAAAAAAACGAGAAGCUCCUACACAUGUACUAUAACUAUCACUGCCAUGUAUAGAUCUAGAUACAAAUAUAUAUUUACACAUAUACACACACACAGCAAACACAGAAUGUACAACUCCCAAAUUCAUGGACCACAUCAGCACACACAAAUGACAUUUAGUUCUUUUACUGUAAACUUUAUUUACAUUUGAACUUCUAUGAACCUGCAAUGCCAGAGGUCCCCAUAUGAUCUUUAUUAUGGUUUUAUUACUUUGUGUGUAGCAUGGAAUGAUAUGUGUAUAACGUAGGAGUUGGAAAGCAAAAAAAAAAAAAAAAAGAAAUGAACCAAGAGACUGCUAUGAAUGCUCCACUGUCUGCAUGCAUAGUGGCAAGCUACUUUUUUGCAUGAUGGCCUUUUCAGCAUGGAAAAGCACCACCUGUGUAGGACAUUGUUGGGUGUUAUUUUUUCUUUUUUAUCUGUCUUUCUCCUUCUCAAAUGUUUCUCAGCGUUCCUCCCAAAAGUAGCAAGUGCUGCUCGUUCCUCAUUAGGCAUGCUCGUCUGUUUGAAUGGAUUUCUGGAUUUGUCCUUGCUGGAUAACCGCUAAGCACUCGCUUCACUUGCUUUCAACAGCUUAAAAGUUGUGUUCUGAGGUAUACCACACCUGAAUGUAUAAUAUGUGUCUCUGUGUAUGGUGUGACUCUAGAGACAUUUAACCUUUCUCAUCUCGUCUGGUGUCACUUUGCUUUUAUUUCAUGUCCCUUUUAUUAAAAAAAAGGAAAGAAAAAAUUUGAGGGCUAAAAGCCAUCAAAUAAGAUUAUUUAAGGGGUAGAACCUGAAAAGCAGGAUGCAGGUAGAGAGAUGUAAGAGUGUGUGUGUGUGUGUGUGUGUGUGUGUGUGUGAUUGUAAGUAGAAUGUGUUGAGAGAGAGCUUAGCCAGAAAAGGUGGGUAUCUCUUAGCCCAUUACAGCAACCAGAGAUAAAGCAGGGCAGCUGGGGUCAGCCAGGUGUGGUAGGGAGGGGGUUGGGGGUACGGGGAGGGGGCAGGUAGCAACAGAGGCUUCAUUCAGCAUGGCACAGUGAGCAUCCAGGGAGCAGAAGCUCCAGAAAGACAUAGUAGAAAGUGAAUAAUAAUAAUAAUGAUGAUAAUAAUAAUACUUAUUAUUAUUAUUAUUAUUAUUAUUAUUAUUAUUAUUGUUAUUAUUAUUAUUAUUGAUUUAUUUUAUUUUAUUUUCUUAUUUUUAUACAUUAUUUUCACAUCAUUAAAAAGUCAAACAUUAUGUGACCCCCCUGGACAAUUGAGGCAGCGCAGUGGGGGUCUAAUGACCCAAUGGAGACAGACCUAGAAUUCGAACCAACCUUCUGGACCAUUCAACAAGUACGGAACCAUGACUGCUGAGUUACCAUUGCUCAGUGUGCUCUUGUGUCGAAGGAAUUAGCUUGAAACUAGACAACUGAACCUGUGUGCUUCUGCUGCUGCUUUCAUCCUGAGCAGAACCCAAGCGGUAUCAGAUAUCCCAGUGCUCUCUAUGCGGAGGAUUUAAAGACAUUGAGACAUCUGUCUGACACGUUCAGCUAGGGACCUAUAGUUUCCCCUGGCAGGUAGAAUCUUUGACAAUCAUGGCGUAGUAAAAUAUUAUGUUUACUUGUUAAUGUUUUACUGUCAUUUAAUCUCAUCUAAGUGAUGUAACCAGUCAUUUUAAUAUGUAAAGGCCUAAGUGAUGGAGCUUUGUCUCCAGAAUGCAAGUUAUCUAGUAGUCCAUCAAAUUUAAUGGCAGAACUCAUGUUUCAUGUUCUAAAGGUACAAAAACCUGGACGUAAUGCAAUGUUAAGCUUCUGCUUUGAAUGCAGAAGUAUGUUUAUUAUGUAUCUUAUGAGUAUCUUACGGGAGAGAGUUGAAGACUCGCACUGUAACAUCAUGUAUUUUAAUGGCUGCUAAUGAGAUGUGUAGCUCUCAGCAAUGUAACAUCCUCGUCAUUGAGACAUCAUAUGAUGCUGCUUUAUGAUACAGCAAAAACUGCCACUGGUGGGGAGCUGUACUGAAAUCUCCCCACUCUGUAAGCUUCAUUCAUCAGGAAGGGUCUAAAGACUCAGACGGCCUUAGUGUGAUUGUAUAAACACUCCGGAUCAAGAGAAAUUGUUGUUUGCCGAGUUUGACAAAUGAGGUCAGGGCCAGAGUUUCCCAAAAGAAACAUUCUGUAGAACAGUUAAAGUAGUGUGAAAGAUGCAUUGAGUAGUUUAUUAAAACCAGCUUUUUCAACUGAAAUCAUUAUUCAUUUUAAGAUGAAUAAUUAAUUUGUAAGACGUUUUUGGGAAAUUUUUGGCUCAGAUGGUGAUUCCCCAACUCUAUCUUAUGUAAAAAUUUACAGAAAUGCUAGCAAUCUCAGAUGUAACCUUUACCCAAGUUGGCUUGUGGUAACUGUUACAAAUUGGCAUUUAGGUAAGGUGUUGGGUACACUUGAUAUUUCCAUGAUUAACGCUUUCUAAAACAGAAUCCGAGAUAGGAUUGUGUCUCCUCUGUCUCCAGGAGCAAUUAUAAUGCAACAAAUUGAGGUUUAAAAAAAAAAAAAAAAGGUCAUCCUGCUGCAAGCCUUGAGGAGACACUGAGAAACGGAGAGUAGAAAAGUAAAAUACCUGCAGAGGAUUCCAGUGCAAUCUUGGAGCCGCUAAACAUGUGAAACUUCCAUGCUUUGGAGUAUGUUAAUGUUAAUUGGUGCGAUUUAUUAUGAGAUCGUUCUCAUAGUUGAGGGGGGGGGGAGGGCUUUUUGAAAGAGCUACCUGGAAUCGGUCCUGGGUUAGUACCUUUUUGUUAUUUAAUAUAUGUAUAUUUUAUUAUAUAUCAUCGGUUCUCAUAUUACAAAGAAAUUUCAAAGCCAAAAUAGGAAGUUUUCCGGCUUCUUAAUUGGGACAAUGGCACAACAAAGCUUCAUUACGAUGAAUUUGAAUGUCAUAUCUAUACUGUAUAUGUGUCUCCUUCUACCACUAUGCAUUGUUAAUGUUUAUGUCCAUUGAUAAAGCAUGAAAGCAUCUCUCUGGGUUCUUCAUCAGUUUAAUUAUCAAGGAGGGAGUGUUUAACUGAGUAAAGGUGGGAGGCUUUUCCUCUGUGUGAAUUGAUCUGUUGUAAUUUCUGUGUUUAUGACAGCGCCAGUUGGUAUUUAACCCUGUUAUUUACAUUAUGUAUGAGUGUGAUUGUGAUUUAUUUUUUUUAUUAUUAUUAUUUUGGCUGCAGCAUUUUGGAGUUACUUUCAGCUAUGUGAUUUUUAUAUGCAUUUCUGCAAUGUCUUGUUUUCUGAAAAAUAUGCCCCAAUCAGCUCUACAUUAUAUAUAAUUGUGAAAAAAAGGUUAAUGCACUUUUUUUGUCUGUUUAGGCAGCUAAUAUCAUAGAACCAUUUCCAAAACAUGCCACAAUGAAAGAGCCAAGCCAGACACAACAUUCAUUUUUUUCUGUUUUGUAAUUUUAUUGCUUUUCUUAUUUUGUACCUUUCAUUUCACAGGGUAGCACUAAAUUUAAUUAUGGAACCUUUAAACCUGAACAAAAUAUCCACGGUAUUUUGUAUAUUAAAAGAUGAUAGCUAGAGGAUCAUGGUUUAUACUUUAUCAGAUCCUCUUAUUGCAGUCAUUAUUUGUUCUGCUUUCGAAAUGUAGCCUGCAUAAACCACUGUUCAAGCUGUUUUUGUUGUAUUUUGUUUUAAUUUAUCCUCAUAACCCUUAGGUGUUCUGAUAUGCCCAUACUAUUUUGUUCUCUUCUUCCUAUCAUAAGCUAACAAUGAUGUGUCCUAAUUAAAAGAAAAACCUUGCCUUAC